AUGGAGAAGGUGGAGUUACUUCGUGCCUUCUUUGCCUCAGUUGCUAAGGUUGACCCUCAGGAUUCCCAAACCUUCCAGACCACAGAAGAAGUCAUGAGUGAGGAAGACUUCACCUUGAUUGAAGAAGAUUGGUGUAAGGGGAUUGUUCUUUGCCCUUUUGAUGAUGAUGAGGACUCUGGAAAAGCCUUCCCAGUGGAUUCAGGUGCUGGAAAUGAACCUGUGGCAUCCGCAGCUGUCCCUCCCAAGCUGAAGAAACUGAAAAGCCCAAACGUUCAUGUUGGUGAGAAGAUUUCGCUGAAGUGUGAGGCGACUGCUGGAAACCCUCAGCCAUCCUACAAAUGGUUUAAAGAUGGCAAAGAGCUGAAGAAGAGCAAAGACAUCCGGAUCAAGUAUGGGAACGGGAAAAAGAUUUCCAGACUGCAGUUCAACAAGGUGAAGCUGGAAGAUGCUGGCGAGUACAGCUGCGAAGCCGAGAACGUGUUAGGGAAAGACACCGCAAAAGGCAGCCUGAAUGUGAAAAGUGUAACCACAACUCUCUCCUCCUGGUCUGGGCAUGCUAGAAAAUGCAACGAAACAGCCAAGUCCUAUUGUGUCAAUGGUGGGGUGUGCUACUACAUCGAGGGGAUUAACCAGCUGUCUUGCAAAUGUCCAAAUGGAUUCUUCGGACAGAGAUGUUUGGAGAAACUGCCUUUGCGAUUGUACAUGCCAGAUCCUAAGCAAAAGCAUCUUGGAUUUGAAUUAAAGGAAGCAGAAGAGCUCUACCAGAAGAGAGUUCUAACCAUCACAGGAAUCUGUGUUGCCUUGCUUGUGGUGGGCAUCGUCUGUGUGGUAGCUUAUUGUAAAACCAAGAAGCAAAGAAAACAGAUGCACAAUCAUUUACGGCAGAACAUGUGCCCAGCCCAUCAGAACAGGAGCCUUGCCAAUGGGCCAAGCCAUCCACGUUUGGAUCCUGAGGAAAUCCAAAUGGCUGAUUACAUUUCUAAGAAUGUUUCUGCCACUGAGCAUGUGAUCCGAAGGGAAACAGAGACAACCUUUUCAGGAAGUCACUCCUGCUCCCCAUCCCAUCACUGCUCCACAGCCACUCCAACAUCCAGCCAGAGACAUGAAAGCCACACCUGGAGCUUGGAGCGGACAGAGAGCCUGACUUCAGAUUCCCAGUCUGGGAUCAUGCUGUCCUCGGUGGGAACCAGUAAAUGCAACAGCCCUGCGUGCGUGGAGGCGCGGGCGCGGCGCGGGGCCGCCUUCUGCAUCGAGGACUCGCGGAGGCCCACGACGCAGUAUCGCGACUCGGUGGAUUCCCUGCGGGACUCACCGCACAGCGAGAGGUACGUGUCGGCCCUGACCACACCAGCACGCCUGUCGCCUGUCGACUUCCACUACUCGAUGGCCACACAGGUACCCACCUUCGAGAUCACCUCCCCCAACUCGGCGCACGCCGUGUCCCUGCCGCCGGCGGCCCCCAUCAGCUUCCGCGUGGAGGAGCAGCAGCCCCUCCUGCGGCGCUACCAGCUCCCCUUCCAGGACACGCAGAGAUACGACAGCUACUACCAAAGGAAGACCUACCUUAAUGACAGCAUGGGGAGCCUGCCCUCCAGCCCCUUCCGCAUCACAGAGGACGACGACUACGAGACGACGCAGGAGUACGUCCCAGCGCUAGAGCAUCCAAAGAAAACAGCAAGCAGCAACAGGCGGUGGAAAAAAUCCAAACUGAACGGGCAUGUCCCUCACAGAGCCAGAACCGUCCGGGACUCCUUCUCCUUCAGCAGCGCCUCUUACAGUGAGUCUGACGAGGAGCUGGUGGCCGAGAGCACCCCGUUCCUCAGCUCACAGAACAGUGACGCGGCGCACAUGGGGUCGCCGCGGCUCCAGGGAGACAGCCGGACUCAGCACCCCCGGCACGGCACCCGAAACGUCGUCAUUGGUGACGUCACAAUGGAAGACACAACGAAGAGAGACGUCAUGAUGGGAGAUGCCAUAAUGGGCGACGUCAUAAAUGGAGACUUCAUAAUGGGAGACAUCUGA